UAUAAAUAUCGGGUGAUGUCAAGUGAUUCUUCAGUCAUGAAGUCUCUCGUGUGCUUUCUACUAGUCGCCUUUGGCGCUCUCGCCCUGUCCUGGGCAGAAAGUGGUGCUUUGUCUGCCAAAAUUCAAGUGGUUGAAGAUGUCGGUGAUUUCCUGAGUGCCAAUCCCGAAGCCGUUCUGGCCAAGCUCACUCCGCUGCGCACUCCGCGGGCUAUUCUGUACACUCUGGGCAGCAGAGUUCCCAAGGAUCGCCUGGUGGCCAACGCUCGCGAUAGCACGAGCUGGGCGACUCCUCAGAACGUUCAGCUGGUCCUGAACUACCCCACGAAUGGCGUUGGCGCCAAUGUUUCCUACGUGAGCGUCCUCGUGAACCAGACGUCCAACCUCGGCGCCGCUUACGUCCUGAGCGGCGGCAUCGGGCAGAGGCAAGUGUCCCUACUGGUCGAGGCGAAGAACACCUACACCUUUGGCUACUUGGCGGAAAUCUAUGGAUUCUAAGAAAGGAUUAUAUGCAGUGCAGCCCCAAUAAAUCUCAAUCACAUACGCAUCAA